AAACAGCUUACGUUCGAUUUGAAGAAUCUGCCGCUGCGCUCCCUGGCGCUGAAUUGUCAUGGCAUAUCGGCGAGAUGCCGGGGGAUCACUUCCAGAUUCAACAGUUAGCUGAAUAGGCGCGGUAGAUAUAACUUUACGCACGGGAGAAUAGUUCUACAGUUAAUCAAAAACUAAUGGACGGGGGAAAUUUCAUUUAAGUCUAGGAAUGGACAGUGGAACACCUGGAAUACAUGUAACAGCAAGGUGCUUACAAUUUUCGAGUGAAAACUGUAAAACAUCAUCCUUUCCGCAUUUGGUAUCUUGAAGAAUUCAAUAGGAUUCGCUGGAUUAUCUGUGGUUUUGAAUAUAUAUUCUGUGUCUCAUAUUUUGGUAUAUAAAACGCUUUCGAUUUUCGGAGUCUCGUUUUCGUUCUAGUUGGAUUUUAAGGGUAGUAAAACUGCAUUAUGACGAACACGUUAUCGAUUGGGAAAAUGACACAGCUCGGUAACAACACCCCGAUGGCCUAUGACGCUCGGGACGACGAGUUGAACUCAACCGAUCAGAACAACGGGACCUCUCGGGGCUUCUCCGGGCCGCAGCAACUUAGCAAAGAGUUGAUGAUAACCCUCUACUCCUGCAUUUUCGUCAUAGGCGUUGUGGGGAACGCCCUUGUGAUCGUGACCUUGAUUCAAAACAAAAGGAUGAGAACUGUGACGAAUGUCCUACUCUUGAACUUAUCCAUAAGUGAUUUGCUUUUGGUGGUUUUGUGCAUGCCAUUCACACUAAUUGGAGUACUCCUCAAGAAUUUCAUAUUUGGCCCGUUUAUGUGCCCAACAAUACGUUAUCUACAAGGUGUCUCCGUUGGAGUCAGCGCCUUCACGUUAGUCGCCAUCGCCAUGGAACGCUUCUUUGCCAUCUGCCAGCCCCUGCGUUCUAGACGGUGGCAGACACUCUCGCACUCGUACAAACUCAUCGUGGCGGUUUGGAUCACCACUGGAAUCAUCAACAUACCAACUGCUGUCUUCACAAAACUCUGGGAGCUCAAGAACGGAGCACACAAAUGCAUAGAAGAGUUACCCGACCCGACUUUCGAGAAGAUCUACCAAGUUUUCAUUGCAACUGUCUUUCUAUUGCUUCCCUUUAUCUUGAUGCUGCUGGCUUAUACGUUCAUUGCCUCCACGUUGUGGCAAGGGAUAAGGAUGGACAUGCGUUCAAAUCAAGUCACAAUAUGCUGUGGGAAAGCACUGAAAAGUUGUGCUUGUGGAUCACGCCCCGAUGAAGAUACCAUGGAGCGAGACCUUGCAAGCCACAGCAAAGACGCAGACGACUAUGAAUUGGCGGUAGACGAGGAUUCCGAGUACACCAACACGAAAUCGAUCCUGAACGGCAAAACGAAACGGAAACAAAAACGUGAUAUACCACAAAUACGACGGACACAGACUGAAAAGUCGCUGCAGGCGAAGAAACGCGUCAUAAAGAUGCUUUUUGCCGUAGUUUUGGAGUUUUUCAUUUGCUGGACUCCGUCUUUUGUUGUUCAGACGUGGGGUACUUUCGACCCGGACACUGCCAGACAGCACGUCAGUCCCAUCGUCAUGUCGUCAUUGCAUCUAUUCAGCUAUAUAUCAACGUGUUGUAAUCCUAUCACGUACUGUUUCAUGAACAAGAAGUUCCGUCAAGGGUUCCUGCAGGCAUUCCGUUGCUGUGGCUACCGGCGAGGACACGCCCGCAAGACCAGUGAUUACUCAUGCAGCAAUACAAACUCAUCACGGACAGUGUUUACUUCCUUGAGAGGUCACGAGUUUGAGAAGGAACAAAAGACGUCGUAUCUUUAAUUGCGGCUGGGAAGUAUAUGCACCAACGGAAACGACAUUGGAACUUUGGAGCCGCUGAAUCGCAAAGUGAACGAGCAACUAACUCGCGAAUAACUCGUCUGUUCAUCUUGGCUGCAACUGUCGUUUAGUACAUCUUUGCUGCAACAAGCUCACUAUGUACACCAAUGCUGCAACUAUAGCUCGUUGUACAUCAUUGAACAUCCGAAGAGGUCUUCGCGUCUCUAUAUGAUAGCUACCUAGGGCGAGGUCGUUUGUAUAAUAUCGUUUUGAGGAUAGUGUAGUUUACAAAUGUAUAGCUAUAUGAUGUAAUCGUUAUAUAUACAAUGUAUCUGAAAUGGUAGCCGAGAAGACGUUGGACUUUAUUGACAGUUUCACUAACAAUUUGGCAGGAGUUGCAAUCUGAAUGGAACAAUACAUUGAUCUUGGAGGAGAAUCUCUCACUGUUGCAGCGUUUAGGAAGCAACAGCGGGGUGAGGUAGCCAGGGGUUCGAACAGAUGGUGUAUGAGGCCUCUACAAUGUGUUUUUAGGCAAAAUUGACUCUUUUUAUAUAUUUGUUGAAAAUUGUGCAUUUGAGAGUUUAUUUUAUGAGGACAGCUAGAUCGAAAUGGAUAUAAUGCUUGAGAUCAGUACGGAAUGUUUCCCGGAGAAGAAAUUAAAUAAUGAAGAGCAGUAAAAUUUGCCGAGAUUUUGUGAAAUCCUGUAUUUGCACGUUUCGCCAAGACAAGAUCUUUCAAUAAAACUUGUAUUGAUAAAUUCUUCCCAGACCAAGCAGAAAGCAUGCAUGUACCUAUGUAUAGUUCGAUCAGCGCGGUGUAUGUCUAAACUUCAAGUAAUUGAAAACGUAUUAAGAAGCGAAUGGUGGUGUCGCCUCAUCUACUUGUCAAUUGCAUUCUUUCUACAGUAUAGUGUAUUUCAAACAAUAAAUACGUUGUGAACAUAAAAA